UUGUGUGUUUAUGAAUCUUUUUUAUAUUUCAUUUUUUCAUUAUUUAAAAUAUAUUGAAUGGCGCAGUGAAUUUUACAGACUACUGAUUAUUUACAACGAAUUUAAAUUAUAAUUAACUUUUUUGGUAUUGGCAGUGUUAAUCGUACGAAGGUCGCCAUUUUGUCUAAAGAGACCCGGUUGAAUAAACGAGAUAAAAAAAAAUAAGUGAACCAUCGCCCAAAGAUCGUUGACAACGCAUGGGUACGAUCAGUGGCCGAUGUUAUUUAAUAUUUUUUAACUCUAUUAAACUUUCAUAAUAAUCUGCAAAAUAUAAUGUAGAGAUAGAUUAUUGAAACGAGGCCUUUAGGAUAUAUACAUAAUUAAUUAUACUUAAUGCCAGUGUAUAAGUUGGAUGGUUGCUUUAUAUGGUGUAUCAUUGUCCGACUACAAAUUAAACUAUUUACUGGAAAGAAUUAAAAAGGAAGAAAAAUGACAAUUGCUACCAGAGGACAAGGAGUUGGCGUGGAUCCCCCUGAGAGUCAACAGACGACACAAGUUACACAAGGACCACAGGUAACUCAAAUUGGUCAAGAGGAUUCUGAAUUACAAGGAUCACGAGAAUAUCGAAAUGAAGGGCGUAAAAGACGACGACAUAGACGAGCCGAAAUCGCGGAUACGGAGCUUCUGCAGAAUGUUAUCGCUGAGCUUGGAUUGUCUGACAAUCCGCCUCAAAAAGAAGGUGUCAAUCAGGAGACUCCCUUUUCUUAUGGGACAUUCACUGAGGAACAAAAUCAACCAAAAGCGGAACCUGAGUUUCCACAUGUUAAAUUAGCAAUGUUGGAUGAAAAAAUCACUAACUCACGUUGGGUUGUACCAGUAUUACCAGAACAAGAAUUAGAAUGUUUAUUAGAAGCUAGUAUAGAUCUUUGUAAAAAAGGAAUUGACGUUCAAAGUGAAGCAUGUCAACGCUUUUUUCGAGAAGGUCUCACUAUUUCUUUUACCAAAAUUCUCACUGACGAUGCUGUUAACAGUUGGAAACCGCAUAUUCACAAUUGCAUCAAUGCUAAUUGUGAAAGAUUGGUCGAGCUUUGUGUCCAAAAAUUGGACGAAGAUUGGUUUCCUCUUUUAGAUUUGUUAGCAAUGGUCUUUAAUCCAACUAAUAAAUUUCAUACAUUUAAUGCUGCGAAAGUAUCUGAAACCGUACCACCUGGGAGCAAUAUUUCAGAAGAAGAGCUUUAUGCUAGACCACCACCGGAUCCUAGAAAUCCACGUGGUUGGUUAGUCGACCUUAUUAAUAAAUUUGGAAAUUUUGGUGGUUUUGAUAUUUUAUUAGCAAGAUUUAAAAGUGGACGUAAUCUCACAAUUCCUAUUAUUUAUGCAUUACUUCGACCAUUUGGGUUAUGCUAUGAACUUUUGACUGUUCAUACCGUAGUUAAAUAUCUUAUGCCCAUUAUUGAAAUGGUGCCUGAAAUUUUGGAUAAUUUAACAGAUGAAGAGUUGAAAAAAGAAGCUAAAAAUGAAUCAAAAAAUGAUGCAAUAUCUGCAAUUAUAAAAUCUAUGAAAAAUUUAGUUUCACGUGUACCACAUCAAGAAGAGAUGAUAAAAAAUUUAGAGAUAUUGAGACUGAAAAUGAUUUUACGACUCUUGCAAAUAUCUUCAUUUAACGGAAAAAUGAAUGCUCUUAAUGAAGUUAAUAAGGUAAUUACUGCUGUUAGUUAUUAUCCUCUACGUAAUCCAAACGAGGACGAUGAGUGGUUAACGGCAGGACGAAUGGCAAAGUGGAUUAAGGAUAAUGGAGUAUUAGAAAUAGUUCUUCGUGAUUCACUUCAUCAGCCUCAAUAUGUGGAAAAGUUGGAAAAAAUAUUACGUUUUAUUAUCAAAGAGAGAUCAUUGACACUUGAAGAUUUGGAUGCUGUUUGGGCUGCUCAAGCUGGUAAACACGAAGCUAUUGUAAAAAAUGUUCAUGAUUUACUUGCAAAAUUAGCUUGGGAUUUUAGUCCAGAACAAUUAGAUCAUCUUUUUGAAUGUUUUCAAGCGAGCUGGAAAACAGCUAAUAAAAAACAACGAGAAAAAUUACUAGAAUUAAUACGAAGAUUGGCAGAAGAUGACAAAGAUGGUGUGAUGGCCCAUAAAGUGUUAACACUUUUUUGGAAUUUAGCACAUUCAGACGAAGUACCAACUGAAAUAAUGGAUCAGGCAUUGAGUGCUCAUGUAAAAAUAUUAGAUUAUUCGUGUUCUCAAGAUCGUGAUGCACAAAAAACAGUUUGGCUUGAUAAGUGCGUUGAAGAAUUAAAAAGUGAUGAUAAGUGGGCACUACCGGCGUUAAAACAAAUUCGGGAAAUUUGUAGUUUAUAUGAACCAAAUCCAAAUAUGGGUAAUAAUCAACGUACACAACAUGCUUAUUACAGACAAGAAGUUAUUGAUCGUUUACAGAAUCAGCAUAGUGUUGUUAUAUUAGUGACAAAUAGUUUGACUAAUUAUAUGGAUAAAGUACGUAAAUACGUUGAAGACAAUCCAAAUGUUGACGCAAUGACAUUAACUCCGGAUGGUCGUUACAACCAUAUUAUGCAAGUUCAAGAGAGACUUAAUUUUUUACGUUUUUUAUUGAAAGAUGGACAAUUAUGGCUUUGCGCUGAACAAGCAAAACAAAUUUGGCAGUGUCUUGCUGAACAGGCUGUUUUUGUUUCUGACAGAGAAGCAUGCUUCAAGUGGUUUUCAAAAUUAAUGGGUGAAGAGCCAGAUCUUGAUCCAGCUAUAAAUAAAGACUUUUUUGAAAAUAACAUUUUGCAAUUAGACCCAACAUUGUUAACUGAAAGUGGCAUUAAAUGUUAUGAGAGAUUUUUCAAAGCAGUCAAUUCAAAAGAAGGUAAACUUAAAACAAAACGUCGUACGUACUUGAUGGAUGAUGUCGAUCUAAUCGGCAGUGAUUAUUUGUGGCGAGUUGUGACAAAUAGUCCUGAAGAAAUAGCUAGUCGUGGUAUCGAACUUCUCAAAGAAGUUAAUACAAAUUUAGGUCCACGGUUACAAGUGGCGAUACUAGAAUUUCAUGAAACUUUUAUAGCUGAAUGUAUGGAUCGACUCAAAGCUCAUUACGAUACUGUUACAAUACUUACAGGAGUUUCUAAUGAAGAUAAUAAAACAAAGGAUAGCGAUAAAGAAAGCAAUAAAGUCAUGAUGGAAGCAUUAAAAAUGUGUCGUGUAAUGAAAGUGUUACAAGAAUAUAUCAAUGAGUGUGAUACAGCGUUUCCUGUAGAACGUAAAAUAUUGCCAUUACAUCGAGCUGCACGUGGUAAACACAUGUCACUUAUUAUACGUUUUGUAAGUCCUGGUAGAAAUAUUGAUGAUAUUGAUAUAUCUACACACAGUAAUGAUACUUUAGCUUCAUUGAGACGUCAAAUCUUACGUAGAAUAAAAGCGAAUGAUACAAAUGUUAAAUUAGAUUUGUAUACUAAUGGUGAAUCAUUAGAUCAAGCUGAUGAUAGAAAACUUUUAUCACAACUUCCAUUGAGAGAUAAAACGUUAUUAUCAGCAAAGUUGAGCCAAAUAUUAAGUAAUAUACCAAGUUCACCAGACAGCAGUUCUGAUAGUUCAACUAGUUCACCUCAUCAUCCAUAUGAUGGACCAAAUUUAGAAGCUGAAAACAGUCUCCCUGGUGUAGUAAUGUCACAACAAUCACAUCAUGCAACAUUUUUUUUUCAAUUGGCUGAUCUUGGUUGUUCUCUUAAGCAUUCACAACUACGUGAUUCAGCUCGUAAUCUUCUACAAUUAGUACCCCCUGAUGUAUUAACAGUAGCACGAUUACAUUAUUUAUUCGCAGGACAUUACAAUGAGGAUAAUGAUGUGUCGUGUUUAAAUUCUAAUUGUAAUCCACAAAAUACCAAUGUUGAUACUCUCUUCUUUAAUGCAAGUCCUAGCCAAGUUUUGUAUAAUUUGGAAGUAUUGUAUACGUUACUCAUGCCGGCAUUAGAUCCUACAUCUGAUAAGGCCUUUGAAUUUCAAUAUAAUUUUAUAAAAAGCCCAGAGGCAGGUGUUAUAUUAGAUAUGCUGACAAAGAAUAAAUUUUUACCUAAUGCCGAUGUAACAACCAAACGAUCUGCUUAUUUAACUGUUUUAAAACUGUGUAAAUUAUUACUCACAGUUAUUGGAAAUGUCAUGGCUUGUGUUUUGGAUGACAUGCAGCAACAUCAAAAUGAAAAUCACGAAGGUCACCAUCAAAAUUUUCAUAAUAAUCGUGGUAUGAUUGCUGUUCUUAAGCAAGCAUUAAAUAGUGUACCAAAUCAAAGUACCGAAUAUAUGUUAAGAAGUGUAGCUACGAAAUUAGCACACCACUUGGCCAAUAAAAUAUUAUCAAAUGAAACGGAAUCCGAUAGAUCUCGACAAUUGUUUAUGCAAGCUAUGUCUUGGGAGUUACCGGACAUGAUGACUAUUCGUGCCAUAAUUAAACUCGCGUGGGCAGCCUCAAGUGGUAGUUUGAAUGAUGCUAAUGCCUCUAUUGAAAUCCUUCAUUCGAUACAUGAAUCGAAUCAAAGGGAAUCAUGUAUUCCUGAACCAAAUGAUGUUUUAGUUUGUAAAGAAGCCCUUGAAGUAUUGACAAUAGCACUGAUUCUUAAUCCAUCAGCUUUAAUUAGUUUAACACGAGACAAAAUGUGGCACACCUUUUUGAUAGACCUUGUUCUAGUAAGUACAUCAAGAGCCGUCAGAAUUGCCGCUGCUGAACAGUUUCUACUUAUUUCUACAUACUGCAGCAAUAAUCAAGCAUUUCAAUUGAAUCUUAUGAUUCUACUCAGUGUUCUCAACACUACAGUUACGGAAAAUGCUCGUCAAAGCCAUGAAUAUUUUCAAUUAUUAUGUAGGCUACUUAAUUUUGCACAUAUCUCAAAUUUUUCAUUACCAUCAGCAGAAGGACUAUUAAGUAUUGAAAUAGCGUGGCUAAAAAAGGUUAGAGAUGUUGUUAUUCAGUCAGGAGAUAAUCAAAUUGAUGAUGCAUUGCUAGAGGGUCAUUUAAGCUUAACCAAGGAACUUUUAGCUUUUCUUCCACCGUCAAAAAAAUAUGAACUAGGUUCUGAUGAAAAACGCGGUGGAACAUUAAUCAAAGAAUUAGUUGAAGACUUUAUAUUUCCAGCGUCACGGCUGAUGUUACAAUUACGAAAUACCGGUGAAUUAAGUUCAACAUCUCAAGCAUGUCCAGUAUGUACAACACCACAAUCGACGAGUGCAGCAUUUGACCUUCUGGUUGGUUUAUGCGUUGGUUGUGUACAAAAUAUGAAACUUCUAGUCACAAUGCUUAUAGAUAUGUUUUAUUCUGAACGAGAUGAACCACUUGUUGAAUGGGAUUACUUACCACCCGUGGGACCACGACCCCUCAAGGGUUUUGUUGGUUUAAAGAAUGCCGGAGCUACUUGUUACAUGAACUCUGUUUUACAACAAUUAUAUAUGAUUGAAAGUAUACGAGUGGGACUUUUAGCAGCUGAAGGGGCUGCCACUGACUUGAAUGAAGAUUUUUCAGGUGAAGAGCGUGUUGAUGGUGAAAAUACUAUUGAAGCAAGUGAUAAUGAUACUAAUGAAGAAAAAUGUGGUGUUGAUGAAUCAAGAAAGGAAUAUAAUGUUGGAAUAUUGAAACAAGUUCAGGCUAUAUUUGGACACUUAGCUUAUAGUAAAUUACAGUACUAUAUACCGCGAGGGCUUUGGAAGCAUUUUAAACUACAAGGUGAACCAGUUAAUCUACGUGAACAACAAGAUGCUGUUGAAUUUUUUAUGAGUUUAGUUGAGAGUUUAGAUGAAGCUUUAAAAGCUCUUGGUCAUGAACAAAUAAUGAGUAAAAUUUUAGGUGGCUCUUAUAGCGAUCAGAAAAUUUGUAAAGGCUGUCCCCAUAGAUAUUCUAAAGAGGAGUCCUUUAGUGUUAUUAGUGUAGAUAUCCGAAAUCACAGUAAUUUAUUGGAUUCCUUGGAGCAGUAUGUUAAAGGAGAACUUUUAGAAGGAGCAGAUGCUUACCAUUGCGAUAAGUGUAAUAAAAAAGUUGUCACGGUAAAACGUUUAUGUGUAAAAAAACUUCCGCCUGUCUUAGCAAUUCAAUUAAAACGAUUCGAAUACGAUUUUGAGCGUGUUUGUGCUAUAAAGUUCAAUGAUUAUUUUGAAUUCCCACGGGAUUUAGACAUGGAACCAUAUACCGUUUCCGGACUUGCUAAACUAGAAGGAGAGAUUAUAGACUGUGAUUAUGAGGGAAUAAACAAAGAAACUUGUACAAAAUAUCAAUUAACUGGUAUCGUGGUUCACAGUGGUCAAGCUAGUGGAGGUCAUUAUUAUUCUUACAUUUUACACAGACAAAAUGAUGGAUCCGCCAAAUGGUACAAGUUUGAUGAUGGCGAUGUCAUUGAAUGUAAAAUGGAAGAAGAAGAGGAAAUGAAAACGCAGUGUUUCGGAGGUGAUUAUGUUGGGGAAGUAUUUGAUCAAAUGUUGAAAAGGAUGAACUUCCGCCGACAAAAGAGAUGGUGGAAUGCAUAUAUGCUUUUUUACACAAGAUUAGAUGUUGAAGAAAAUUCUUUAAUGAAAAGCGUUAAUGAAUUAUCUCUUUAUACGAAAUUGGGAGUAAUAAAAAUGCCACCGGCGAUAGAACAUAGUGUUAGGAAACAAAAUAUUAAGUUUAUGCAUAAUCGAAAUCAAUUUAGUGCAGAAUACUUUCAAUUCAUUAGAAAACUGGUGUCAUGUAAUUCUCCUCAUUGUAUAAAUCGACAAAGUUCAAAUGAAAAAUUAACACCUGAGGCAGAAGAAUUAUCAAUGUUAUCAGUACAAUUAGCGUCACGAUUUCUAUUUAAUACUGGAUUUCAUACCAAAAAAUCAUUACGAGGAACAGCAACUGACUGGUGUGAUAUUUUGUGCCAUCAUUUGCGCAGUAGUAAGGAAGUUCGAUCGUGGUUUGCCUACAAUGUAUUAUUUAAUCAUCCGCAAAGGUUUUGCGAGUACUUACUGAGUUGUCAAAGCACUGAAGUACGAACAGCCUUUAUGAAAAUUUUGGUUUUCCUCGCACACUAUUCAUUACACGAUGGUCCUUGUCUUCCACCCAGUUUGAAUGCACGAGUAAUUCUACUUGAUCCAGCAGCUACAUUGAGUGAUCAUCUUCUGCUUGCUGUUCUUUCGUUAUUACAUCGUGAAAUAUCUGAUCAUGGUCGGCAUUUGCCUCACUAUUUUUCAUUAUUUCACUCAUACGCAAAUCUUGGUAUUGAAGAAAAGACUCAAUUGUUAAAACUAAAUGUACCAGUUACGUUUAUGUUAGUAGCAAUUGAUGAGGGUCCAGGGCCUACAAUAAAAUAUCAGUAUCCUGAAUUAACGAAACUUCAUCAAGUAGUAAGUAUGCUGAUACGUUGUUGUGAUGUGUCAUCAAGGUGUCAAUCAAGUCAUGCUGCUUCUGGAAUGCCUGUUCUACCCAAUCCGUAUGGUGAUCCAGCAUGUCAAAAUGAAUAUUUGAUGCCUAUUCAACCUCAAGCUGUUGAAAUAUUAUUCAUAAAAACAAAUUACAUCAAAAAAUUAAUUGAAGAUGCUAAUGUUACUGAAGAUACCGUCAAACUGUUACAAUACUGUUGCUGGGAGAAUCCACAUCUAUCUCGUUCGGUUCUCAGUGAAUUACUCUGGCAAAUAGGAUUUGCAUUUACACAUGAACUUCGACGUCAUAUGGAUCUUUUAUUAGCAAUGCUUCUUAUGGAAGAUUCAUGGCAAACUCAUCGUAUUCAUAAUGCGUUAAAAGGUGUACCAGAUGAAAGAGAAGGACUUUUUGAAACAAUACUUAGGAGUAAAAAUCAUUAUCAAAAACGUGCCUAUCAAUGUAUUAAAUGUAUGGUACAGUUAUUUAGUAAGUGUCGACAAGCUCAUCAACUACUCUAUCAAAAUCCUGAGUUAAAACGAAAAUGGAAUCAUGCUGUUGACUGGUUACAAGAUGAACUUGAGAAAAAGCCUUAUACAUCAGCUCCAUCAUAUAGUCAUGCAUACAAUAACUGGUCACCACCAACACAAUCAAAUGAUUCUACCAAUGGAUAUUAUUUAGAACGUAGCAACAGCGCGAAGAAAACUUUAGAACGUGCUUUUGAGCUUUGUCCCGAAAGUGAACCUGAAGUAGAAGAACUCAUCAAAGAUUAUAUAAAACGUGGAACUAAUUCCCAAUGGAGUUCAUCUGAACGGUAUGUUAUACAACAACCUGAUGUUACGAUAACACAACAAGCACAUGAAGAAGAACAAUUACAACAGCAGCAGCAACAACAACAACAACAGCAACAUCAGCAACAACAACAACAGCAACAGCAACAACAGUCACAACAACAUCAAUCAGAUCAGCAGCCAGUAUUUGUUAAUGCGUCUAUUAAAGGCUUAGAGUUAAGAGCUCUUGAACAUGCUUCCGAAGAAGAUGUGAGAAAACUUAUGAUUAAUUAUUACAACAAACGUAGAGGAUACUUGCAAUCGACCUCAUCUGAUCGAUUUGCUACACAACAACCUGAUGUUACCUUAACUCAAGCGCAGGAGUCAUAUCUUACGCCGCAUUUACAUCUGUAUGAAAAGCUGCUGCAACAAAAACAACAAGAAGAACAACAACAACAAGAACAACAACAACAGAAACAACAAUUACCAGAUGAGAUAGAGGAGCAAACUACUUCAUUUUGCUUUGAUAUACCUCAAAAUAGCCAUCAGGUAUUUUCCCAAAAUGAUACUCAAGAUCAAUAAUGAACAGUGAACUUGAGUGAUUUGACUGAGUUACAAUAACGUUUUACAUGUCUCAAUACUUUUAGAAUUAUGAAUUUUUCGUAAAUGCCGAUUGAUAUCGAUUAAAAAUCGAUAUAAUUGUAUAAAUAAUAAUAAUAACAGCGAAAGUUGAUUUUUUUAUGACUGAACCUCGCAUCUUUUCAACGUUAUAUUAAGUCAACUGCAUCGUGUCGCCGGUCAUCCAGAGUAGUUAAUGUAACAAAAAAAGUUUUUUUUAAUGAUCUAGAAAUUAUAAAACUGUAACUAGCGACUGGAUAAAAAAAACGAUAAAGUUGUACAGAUAUAUAACGAAUAGUGAUUAUUAUUAUUAUGAGAUUCAGUUUUUCUCAAGAGUAGAGCUAAUAUGAGUGAAGGCAAUUUUACUAAACUAAUUAUGUAAAUUUGAACAUAACGUUAUUAAUAAUAAAUGAUUAAAAAAAGAAAAAAAAAGAAAUAAUGACAAAGUAAUGAGUCAAAGUCAGGAUAUGAAAUAUACUCUAAAUAAUUGUGUGAAGUCCAAUUUCACUAAACGAAAAUUUAUCUUUACUUUUUCAUCUCUUUAUGAAAUGUUGCUAAUUUGAUAAAAAAAAAAAAGAAUUACUAAUAAAAAUAUAAAAGUAAAAAUACUGUACUUAAUCUCAAACGUCUUCAGUUACAAUAAUAUUAUCACAAUUUACCUAGAACGUAAUUCAUUUCGGCUCUCAAAGAUUCAGCUUUUAAUCGUAUUUAUUUUUUAAUGACAGUAAAUAUACUGAAAGUUGUGCCUUUCCUUUAGCAUCUGCAUCAAUAACACUUUUUAUAAACGUCCUGUAUUCACUCCUUGGUUCAUAUGUAUCGCAUCGAAUUAUGUCAAAAAUGGAGAAAAUCAACGGUAUUCUGUAUCAAUUUGUGUAAUAUACGUGUGUGGUGUUUUACUCUUCAUUAUUAUUAUAAAAAGUAAAAUAAUUAUUAAAUUUAUUAUUACCAUAAUAACUGUUACUACUCCUUCUAUUAUAUUAUUACUGUCUAUUAUUAUUACUAAUAUUAUUUUGAUCAUCAUUAUUAUAAUUAUUUUAUUGUAAAUGUAAUUAUUCGUUAUCUUUUUUCGACAGUAGACAUAUAGAUAGAUCUGGACAAUUACAUACGGUAUUUAAUUACAACAGGUGCGAUAUAGAAGUCAAAAAGAAACAUGAAACAUGUUAUAAAUAAUUAUAUAUUUUAUGAAAGAUUUCGUGUAAGUGGAAGUGGAUCAAUAACGAUGAUAUAAUAAUGGAGUGACGUAAAUCUAGAACUUUGUUGCUUUAUAGCCAUUAUAUUUGGAGCUGUGAUUUUUUUUAUCAUAAUCUAUUUUAAUUAUCGUAACUCGAUAAAUUCCAUGAAUAACGAAUUGAUCGUAGCUCUGGAGAUUACUAACAACACAUGCCUUGAUAAUGUUAUAAUAAAGUGAAAAAAUUUAAAUUUUUUCACUGGCUAAUAUAAGAAAUAUUGUAAGAAAGGUCGCAUUUGUAUAAAAUUGGACAAAAUGAAUAAUGAAUGAAAAUAUCAACAAUUGUCUCAAAACGUCAGUAAAGAAAACCAGACAAAUAAAACGGUUUUCAUUUUAAUUACGAAUAUAUAUAUAGAUAUCAAAAUUAAUAUUGAGUAAUAGUCCUUUACGCAAAAAUCGGUCAAAACAUUACCUAGUAUUGUUCAGAUGUAUAUGUACAUAUAAUUGCUUUUUAUAUGUGAUAAAAAUAAGUAAAUCAUUAUUAAUAGCGCUGCGUUAUUGUAAAUUCUAAUUUCUCUCAUGUACUAUGUAAUUUUCUUCUCUGCUAGUUUAACCGUCUAUUCGAUAAUUAUUUAAUACUUAAUUGUAAUAGUGCUAAAUGCAAUAUCUUGAAAUGUUUAUUAUCAAAUAAUAAUUACUAAUUUCAUUUGUAAAAAAAAAAUAUAAUAGAACACAUGGCCAUUAUCACGCAGCGUAGUUAUAUAAUUUUAUCAUUUUACAUACACACAUCACAACAUUUAAAUCAUCCAAAAUAGUAUGUCAAAUGACAAUUAUGCACAUAACUCCAUUUAACUUCUCACUACUUUCAAAUGAAAAUUUUUUAGCUAAGUUAAAUGCGAUAUAUCCAUCCCUCGCUGCUCAAUCCUAUUUGUAAGAUAUAUACAUAUAUUUAUAUAUAUAUUCAAUCAUCAUAAUUACAACUGAAUUUCGUAGAUGUCAUAUAGUUUUAUUGAAAUUCAUAAUGGAAAACAUCAUGAUAGAGAAAAAAAACUAUUAGUUUCGUUUAUUGUUUAAUUAAUUUUGUUUUAGUUAUUACCUAGAUAAAUAUUUAAACUGUUCACAAAUGUAAGAAAUCAGCUAGGAUUCUAGUCAAUCAUAAGCGCGCCAAACAUUUGUAAAAUUAAAAAAAAAAAAAAAACUAUACUUGCAAGUUGUAAGUGAUUGUUUAUAAAAGAAAUGUAUUUUGUUUAUUUUUGAACAGUUUCAAAAUUGACAAAAUGUUUUCCAAUUCGCUCGAAUAAAAAACUUGUGCUUUGUCAAACGAAUGAUGAGAACUGAUCUUUCAGUAUGUUAAUAUUAACAUUAUUUCUAAAGAAAUUUUAUAAAUUUCUAUAAUCAAUUUCUGCAUGUGUACUAUCGCAAAUUUCAUAAAUAAAAGCGAUAAAUAAUGGAAACAGAUAUAAAUAAUAGAAGAAUAAAUAAAUUAAAUAAUUCUUACCAAAGUAAAAAAAUAAAAUGAUUAAGUUGAACUCUUCAUACUAACACGCUUGAAAGAUAAUAUCAAAGUGCUGUAUGCUCUGCUUAAUACAAAAAAAAUUUUCAACGUCUAUACUUUUUUCUAGAUUAAGUCCAAUGGUAUGAAAUUAUUUGUUAAACAAUUAUUUUACGUUAUGGUAAAUGUAAUAAUUAGUAUAUAUACUCGUAUUAGUAUAUAGACUCGAAAAGUCUAUAGACUUAGGGAAACGAUUAAUUACUUUUGUGUGUAGCACUCAAAUUGUUGUGCUUAAUUGAAAGCAUAAUUUCAAUGAUAUCGAAUUAUUUUGAAUGAAAUUUAAUAACACUAUAGAAUGACUAAAAUGUAAGAAAUAAAUUCACAUACUUGUAUAUAUAAAUCACUUAUAAUAACAUAAACAAUAUCAAAAAUAUUGUUUAUGUUAUUAAUAAUAGUAAUUACGUUUUUUAUAAUCAUUCAAACAUUAUGUAUGUAAAGAAAACAUGCUUCUUCAAAAAGAUUUUAUGCCAAGUGAAGAUUGAUGAUCAUAUUGGGAUUUAUUAAUGUAACAAUGAUAUCAAAUAAGAGAUAUGUUUUCAUGGAUUUAAAAGACUAGUGUCUUUAUUACUGAAUUAUUUUUAACGGUGCUAAUUAACAUUUACUUUGAUUAUUUUCCAACAAAAAAUUAUUACUUUUAUUUUGAAAUACGAAAAAAAAAUUGUGAAUUUACUCCAUUUGUAUACUUAAUCUAAAUCAUAUGCCUAUUUAAAUAGUCACAAUACAAAAUUUAGCGUAUGCAUUUGAUAAUCAAUUUGAAUUACGCAACGAUAAUUUAUAAUUGACCAAUUAGUGGCAAGAAGAUCGUUGAGAAAGAGAACAAAAAAGAGAAAUGAAUAAAUCGAAAAAUCCGGGAUUAAAAUGAUGAAUAUUUAUGAUAUAUGUACAUGAAAUAAGUUACACGAAUAUAUUCAACAUCAUUAAAGAUUGCAUGUUGUAAUU